AUGGCCAAAGAAAUUGGAGUUGCCCCCGUCAUCUUUAACGGUGACACCCGACUCGCACAAGGAUGGGCCCUGCAGAUGCAGGCCUAUUUUGAUAUGAAUGACGAAGUAUACAACAACAACAAGAAGAAAAUCAUCUUCUUUCUCUCACGUAUGCAGAAGGGUGAGGCUUCUAAAUGGGCUGAAGGCCAUUUAAAACAGAUGUAA